AUGAACGGUGGCUUGUCGUCAGGCAAGGGCAAGAGGCUCAGGAGAACUGUAUCAGUUAGGCAGAAUCUUGUGGAAACGGACUUCUUUUGGGCUUUUGACAAGGAGGAUGAUGUUGAACAGCAAAGCCCCACUCUCACGCCCAGAACGGACAGGUACACUGGACUUAGGACUAGGCGUGCUGGACCUUUUGAGACCAGGAGACGCCAGAACCACGAGUACAAACCAGAAUUUGAUGCUUCGGGAAAGGUUUAUACCAAACUCCAACUUGGACUGUACCCAGAAUUCCAGUCAUAA